AUGCUGUCAGAGGAAUUCUACUCCUGCAUCUGCGGUCCGCCUAUUGCGGCAAACACCGCCGUCUCCAAGGAUGUUGGCAUCUACGCCCACUCGCUCAGCCCCAGCUAUUCUGUCAAGUCAACUCUGAAGAAAAGCAACACCCCGGCCAACUGCUUGGCUGUCAGUGACGCUCACGUCUUUGCCGCCCAGCAUGAAAAGUCCCAGGUCCAUGUCUACUCACGGGCCCGGGGCAUCCAGGAGGCCGUCAUCACCUUCCCGGAGAAAAUCCGCAGCUUGGCGUUGAUCGACGAUGUCUUGGCGUUAGGGACUGCUGAAGGCAGACUGAUCUUGUGGGAAACUUGCACCGGUCGUCAGUUGACCACCCCACCCUGCCAUGUCCAGGCUGUGUCGUGCCUCGCAGUCACGCCUCACCAUCUCCUCACUGGCUCCGAAGAUUCCAACAUCCACGUCUGGACGUUGUCCCGUCUUCUCGAGCUAAACGCGUCUGUCGAAAACGAGCCGGACCGCACGCUGUCUAACCACCGCGCUGCAAUUACGUCGCUCGCCAUCAGCCGCAGUGUCAACCCGGAAACCAGCAUCUGCGUGUCAGCCAGCAAGGACAAGACGUGCAUCAUCUGGAACUAUCAAACGGGCGAUGUUCUUCGCACCCUGCUCUUCCCCACGGCUCCGCUCUGCGUUUCCAUGGAUCCCUGUGCUCGUGCCGUCUUCGUUUCAUCCGAGGACAGAUCGCUGUACCUCGUCGAGCUGCUCGGAGACAAGCCGCUCAUUGGUCCGCGCAGCCUUGAAUCGUCCUCCACUGUCGUUCAGGUGAAUUCGCCGAUUGGAGUCGCGGAUGAAGAUGCUGGCCCGGCUUCAUGCUUGGCGCCAAACCAUGACGGCACGACGGUCCUGUCGGGUCACACCAGAGGCAAGAUAUUGCAAUGGCAGUUGACCGAAAACGGGCACCCCACAGAACUGGCAGACCUCAAUGCCUCUGUGACAAACCUCGCGUUUCCCCCGCUACUGCAAGCUGCGCGGUCCACAAAACCUGCUGCAGUUAUCAAGCCGAGCCAGGCCGAGCGUCAAUACACAUUCGCGUCUCAACUGAACACUGAGAUGCAGCAAGAGACGAGGUUCCAAAAGAUGCUCAAUGGCCACGGGUUGCCCAAUGAUGUUCUCGAAGCCGCCAUGUUGUCGUUUCAAGAGCCCCCUGCGCAAGCUUCCGAUGAGGCUGGCGAUGCGGAAGUUCAGAGAGAAACGGACGAGUUAUGGGAGAUUAUCAACGAGCAACGAACGCUGCAGAGGCUGACAAUGCAGCCGUACGUCGAGGCCAACUCGUCCCAUUCCUGA